AUGGCUCUCGAGGCCAUGGGUUCACAAGAAGAUAUGGCUGUUGAAGCCAAUGUUAAAGAUAAACUGGCCUUGAAGGCUAGUGACGAGAACAAUGGCGAAAGUCAAAGGUUGGAUUGUAUCUAUGAUGAUGAACCUUUGGGUUUUGAAAAAGAUCCACACAGUUCGAUUCAGAGAAUGCAAGCUCAAGAUCCCCUGCAAGAAGUUGAUAUUGGAGAUGGCUCUAUUAAAAGGCCAACUUAUAUUAGCGCCAAUAUUGAUCCAAUCUUAAGAGAAAGAAUGGUUGAAUUGCUUAAGAGCUACAAAGAUUGCUUUGCAUGGGAUUAUAAUGAAAUGCCUGGGCUAAGCAGAAAUUUGGUAGAGCAUAGGCUACCUCUUCGACCAGAUAAGAAACCUGUGAAGCAGCUUCCAAGGAGGUUUGCACCAGAAAUCAUGACAAAGAUCAAGGCGGAAAUUGAAAGGCUGCUCAAGUGCAAGUUCAUUCGAACAGCCAGGUAUGUAGAAUGGUUAGCGAACAUUGUUCCUGUCAUUAAGAAAAAUGGAUCACUUAGGGUUUGUAUAGACUUUAGGGAUCUGAAUAAUGCUACACCAAAAGAUGAAUAUUCUAUGCCUGUAGCAGAAAUGCUAGUUGAUUCGGCAGCAGGACAUGAGCUCAAGAAAGAUGAUGUAUUAGAAUGGGGAACAGAACAACAAAAGGCAUUUGAUGAGAUUAAGCCUUUGAGGGCUGUCAAAGGCCAGAUAGUGGCUGAUUUCCUCGCUGAUCAUUCAGUGGCCGAAGUUUCGAUAACAUAUGUAGAAUCUGAGCCUUGGAUGUUAUACUUUGAUGGCUCGAGACAUAAACAUAGUACAGGAAUUAGAAUCUUAAUCAUCUCUCCUUUAAGGAUUCCAACAAAGUUUAAGUAUAAGAUUAAUGGAACUUGCUCCAAUAAUGAAGCUGAGUACGAGGCUUUAAUUGCAGGCCUAAAGAUUCUUUUAGACCUGGGGGCAAAGCACGUUAAAAUCAGAGGAGACUCUGAGUUAAUAAUAAAGCAAUUAACAAAGGAGUACAAGUGUAUUCAAGAGCGUUUGAUGAAAUACUUUAUUAUUGCCUUCUCUUUACUAAAACGUUUCGAUUCAUGUGAUAUUCAACAUGUGCCUCGGAUCGAGAACCAGGAGGCAAAUGAUUUAGCUCAAAUUGCUUCUGGUUACAAGUUAACAAAAGAGAAAUUAGAAGAAUUGGUUGAAAUCAAAGAAAAGCUAAUCACAUGUGAAGCAAUGCCUCAUCAGCUGGGGGCAAAUGAACAAAGUGUCGAAACCAAUUAUGAAAUGGUAGAUACACACUUCGAUGAGGUGAUGACAGAAAUCUUCGUCAUUGAUAAUUUGACUGACAGUGAUUGGAGACAACCCAUUGUCAAUUACCUAGAAAAUCCAGCAGGUAUAACUGAAAGAAAGGUUAAGUAUAGAGCCUUAAGUUACACAAUCAUGGGGAAUGAGUUAUUCAAGAAAACACCUGAAGGAGUGUUAUUGAAAUGCCUUAGUGAGAACGAAGCAUAUGUAGCAAUUUCUAAUGCUCACAGUGGAGCUUGUGGUGCUCAUCAAGCAGGCCACAAAAUGAAAUGGCUUUUGUUUCGACAAAGGUUAUAUUGGCCCUCUAUGCUUAAGGAUUGCAUAGAAUAUGCAAAAGGGUGUCAAGAGUGUCAAAAACAUGCAGGGACACAGCAUGUUCCAGCGAGUGAGUUGCACUCGAUUGUCAAACCUUGGCCUUUUAGAGGCUGGGCCUUAUAUUUAAUUGGUGAAAUUAGGCCAGCUUCAUCGAAAAAUCAACGUUACAUAUUGGUUGGAAUUGACUAUUUCACCAAAUGGAUAGAGGCUAUAGCCCUAACGAAUGUGGAUCAAGAAGCUGUGAUCAACUUUGUGCAAAACCAUAUUAUUUAUAGGUUUGGGCUUCCUGAAACGAUCACUACAGACCAAGGAACAGUGUUUGUUGGUCGAAAAAUGCAAGAUUUUGCUGAGCAAUCAGGCUUUAAGUUAAUAACUUCGACGCCUUAUUAUGCUCAAGCAAACGGACAAGUUGAAGCAGCUAAUAAGGUCAUAAUUGGUUUAAUUAAAAGACACGUGGCUCAAAAGCCAAAGAAUUGGCUUAAGACUUUAGAUCAAGUCCUAUGGGCAUGUAGAAAUUCUCCUAAGGAAUCAACAGAUUCGACACCUUUUCGACUAACGUAUGGUCAUGAUGCUGUGUUGCCUGUUGAAAUAAUGAUGCAAUCAAUUCGAGUGCAAAGGCAACUAGAAUUACCUCCUUACCAUUAUUGGAAUUUAAUGUUAGAUGGGUUAAUAGAUGUGGAUGAGGAGAGGUUGCAAGCGUUGGAUGCUUUAAUUCGACAAAAGGAAAGAAUUGCUAAAGCAUACAAUAAAAAGGUUAAGUCUAAAACCUUCGACUUAGGAGAUUUAGUUUGGAAAGUUAUUCUUCCCAUGGAUAGAAGAGAUCGAGUCUUUGGGAAAUGGUCACCUAAUUGGGAAGGGCCAUUUAAAAUUUCCCAAGUAUUAUCAAAUGGGGCUUACGAGAUUGAAGAAUUAACUCCUGAGAAACGUUCAGAUUCAACAUUACAACCAAUCAUUCAAGAAUUUUCAAGAAAGUACAAGAAAUGGUUGAAUGUUGAAGGGUAA